GUGGCGGCAAAAGGCGAAGAAGAGAUUGUAGCAUCACAGAGCGAACAAUCCCAGAGAAUGAAGAAGCACACUGCGAGAGUGGCACCGGUAGAACCUCUCUGUCUUUCCACAUUAAAUUCACCUAGAUCAGACGGUGCCUCCCAAUCCUCUGUCGUCCGAUGCAAGCCAGGAGCCAACUGCCCCGGUACGCAGCGUGGCAUCCGCAGGCAGCAUUCCCCUUUCUCCGCUGCUGAAGAUUCUGCUGCUCCCAUUCUAGAGCUGCAGAGUCGGAGUCCCUCUGGAUUUUGUCGGCACGGCAGAGGAGAGAGGCAGAACAGAUCAGGAGAAGAAGGGACUCAAGCUCAUGGUGAAAACACCAGCCAAGAGAACCACCCGCAGACCAGGUGUGAGUCUUGUACGUCCACGUUUCUCAAGAUCGUCUGGGGAUUUCUGAUUAUUUUGUCCGUGUCAUCCUCCUGGGUUGGAACAACGCAGAUUGUCAAAAUCACAUACAAGAACUUUGACUAUCCGCUAUUCAUGACUUGGUUUUCCACAAACUGGAACAUUAUGUUUUUUCCUGUUUAUUACUCGGGGCACCUUGCAACCGCACAAGAAAAGCAAUCGCCAAUCAAAAAAUUCAGGGAAUGCAGUCGGAUCUUUGGUGAAGACGGCCUGACGCUGAAACUCUUUCUUAAAAGGACAGCCCCCUUUUCUAUUCUGUGGACUCUGAGCAAUUACCUUUACCUGCUGGCUUUGAAGAAACUGACAGCCACGGAUGUCUCUGCGCUGUUCUGCUGUAACAAAGCCUUUGUCUUCCUCCUCUCGUGGAUUGUCUUGAAAGACAGGUUCAUGGGUGUAAGGAUAGUUGCAGCAAUAAUGGCCAUCACCGGAAUUGUUAUGAUGGCUUAUGCAGAUGGGGUCCAUGGCGACUCAAUUAUCGGUGUUGCAUAUGCUGUUGGAUCUGCGUCAACCUCUGCACUCUAUAAAGUUUUGUUUAAGAUGUUCCUUGGAAGUGCCAACUUUGGAGAAGCUGCCCACUUCAUCUCCACCCUUGGCUUCUUCAACUUGUUCUUCCUUUCUUUUACUCCCGUGAUCCUGUAUUUCACCAAGGUGGAAUACUGGUCUCCCUUCUCAGCAGUGCCCUGGGGUUAUCUGUGUGGAAUUGCAGGACUCUGGCUGGCUUUUAACAUUUUGGUGAAUGUUGGUGUCGUACUUACAUACCCCAUCUUAAUAUCUAUUGGGACGGUGCUCAGUGUUCCUGGCAAUGCAGCUGUUGAUCUUCUGAAACGUGAGGUGAUCUUCAGCGUUGUCAGGUUAGGGGCAACCAUAAUCAUCUGCCUUGGUUUCCUGCUGCUUCUCCUUCCAGAAGAAUGGGAUGAAAUCACUCUGAGGUUCAUCAACAGCUUAAAAGAAAAGAAAAAUGAGGAUCAUGCUGAAGACAUGACAGAUUCCAGUGUUCACUUCCGGAGCAGAAGUAGAGCAAAUGGGCCUGUUUCUAUACCACUGGCUUAGAGCUGGUGUGACUGCUUAACUGCACGGCCAUGUAUAUUCUGUGAAUAUGAUUUAGUAACUUUUUUCUCACCCCACCUGUAUGCUAAAAAUGACUGUCAUUAUUUUAAAAACUGGGGAUGGAAUGUACAUUUAACGCUAAAUACAUUAAUACAUAAACAAAAAGAACCUCUGUUUACAUUUGUACACGGAACCAAGAGGCGGUGCAAUUAAACCACAAUAAACUGCUUU